AUUUAGAAUAUCUUAUUCAGUCUGGCAUGUUAAACUGAGCACAUGAUCUUAAAAGGACAAGAAGGAAAUUAUGAUAUUAAAGUCACAUUUGCGAUAUUGGAUAUUUACUAUAGCCAAACACUUGCAGGUAAAUGUAUGCAAGGAAAUCUUAAUUGUGCAUUUUCGAACGAGUCGUGCCGUUAGUUUCCUUUUUACAAAAUGAUUCAAAUUGUGUUGUUCCUGGACACCUAUUCAUUGAAAUAUAAUAAUUAAUUGUAAGUGCACUACGAUAAUAUAUCCCCUUUAAUAAAUUGAUAGUAAAUCGGUUAAAAUUACCUUGUUAAAUUUUUUGCUAAAGUGUGUACUUUUAGGCCGACCGGUUAGGGCAAGAGGCUAGUUUCUACUGAAUGUGUGCUUUCCCAUAUCUUUUAGGAAUCUGGACAAACAGAUGCUACUCGAAACUUGCGUUAGCCGUACGUACCUGCAUUCCGUAUUAUAUGGACACAAAGCUGCCUGACAGGUAUAUUACUGUAUUUGUAAGCUAGAUUUAAAUUGAAUAUGAAGCGAAUUUUUUGUUAUAUAUUUAUUUUCUAUUUAUUUAUUAGCUUCACCAGUUACAUUACAAUAUAUGCAAAUUAAACUUGCCUACAAUAUCUUUGGUAGGAUAGCCGUAACAGCGAUUAGCCAAUCACUGCGAGGUAAUACCUCCCUAUGGAAAGCCCGAAUUGUAAUUAAACGAAUAUUAAGAGAAUUAAAGUCGUUAUUAUCGGGUGUCAGGGGAAGAGGUGCACGUGAAAUGGUGCUUGACAUGGUAUUGAGACUUAGGUGCCGAAAUGGGGGUGGCAGAAUCUAUAAAAUCACAAGUUUUGCAUUUGGCAAUCCUGUGACAGGAAGCUAUGAACUAUAUGGUUUCACGGAUAUUUUUUGCUGUGUGGAAAAGAAACUAAGGGGUUAUUGGAGAAAAUGGAAUAUGUUUCGGGGCCUUUUUUUCAAAAUAUGGAAAUUCUAUCCUAAUGACACCCCUAACUUUGAAAUUGAAAGGAUGAUAAGUUAAUACUAAGGGGAUUUUUUGUUACCUGUAACAUUGGAUACAGAGUCUGUAAGGGUCUCAGAUCGGGGAAUUUGGGAGCCAUUCGAAAAGGUGUCUAAUAGAGAGGCGGGAUAGCCACGUCUGAUAGCCACGUCUAAUAGCCACGUCUAAUAGCCACGUCUAAUAGCCACGUCUAAUAGCCACGUUUAAUAGCCACGUCUAAUAGCCACGUCUAAUAACCACGUCUAAUAGUCACGUCUAAUAGCUACGUCUAAUAGCCACGUCUAAUAGCUACGUCUAAUAGCCACGUCUAAAAGUGUCUAAUAGAGAGAUGGGAUAGCCACGUUGGGCAAUAAAGUGUCUCACUUCCAGACGUUUGGUUUCGAAGUCCUCCUUUUCACUUAAUUUCCAUCCUCAUAUGGGGGAAACUGGAAGACCUUUGAGGACAAGGUAUGGUGAGCAUCGGUUGGCAACGAUGCUAACUAACCUGUUAGAUUACAUCGAUAUCGAAGGGACUAAAAUAUCACAUACUCAUAUUCACUUGAGUACAUUACACCAACACAGAGAAAAUUCACGAUUACUAUCAGUUCCAAAAUAUCACAUACUCGAACCGACCUGACCGCGUAGCUCAGUUGGCAGAGCAUUGGGCUAGUAUUCCGGGGGUCGUGGGUUCGGUUCGGUGUGGAUAUACACUCAGAGUAACAUCACAAGCAUCAUAUUCACGUGAUCAUGAGUACAUUACACCAACACAGAAAAAUAUUUGUAUUAAUAUAUUCUGUAAUGUGAUUUAAUUUUUUUGUUUACAGCUUUUUCAAGUCAGGUUGUCCACGAGCAAAGCGGAAAAGUCGAAUACGAGCGCGAGAGGCUGCUCGGAAUCGCUUUGAAAAUUUAUUAAUUUGUUAGCGAUUCCCAGCAGCCUUUCACGCUCGUAUUCGACUUUUCCGCUUUGCUCGUGGGCAACCUUAAUUGAAAUAGCUGUAUACUUUGUUUUGACUAAAUCCAUCUGAUUGGUUUAUUUUUCGUCACGUAAUGCUUUUAUAUUCGUAAUAUAAAAGCUCAUGUAAUUUUCCUGAUCCCCCACUAGUAGCUUCAGACGAAGCCCUCGCUCGAAACGUAGCUUGGCGUGGCAGGGUCUCUGGGUUUGGGGGAGGCGACGAAAAAUGGGAAGAAAAAACAAUUGGGGGGAGGGCGCGAGAGGGAGAGCCUGCCGUAAUGCCCCGGUAUUUUUCAUGUUUUACGGCCGUGAGAGGCUGUAGAAUCCUAUUGGCUUAUUGGUGUAAUAUAUGCAAAUUUAUUUCACCGGAAGUAUUUUGAGUAGUUGAAAAAUAAUUUUAGAAAUGGCGUCUCUUGUACAGGUCAGUAUCCAAAAUAAGGGCAAUCGAUCCUUAUCUUAAGAAAGAGCAAGAACAAGCUGUAGAAAAACUCUUACUUGGUGAAGAUGUCCUCGCUAUUUUACCUACAGGUUUUGGCAAAAGUAGAAUAUUCCAAGCAUAUUCGCGUGUGAAAGAUAACGAAAUGAAUGGUUGGUCGGUUGUUCUCGUCAUUGCCCCUCUAUCAAGCAUUAUUGAUGACCAGAUAACUGCUUUAAUGUCUUCUGGUUACCCUGCAGCCGACGUGAAAUUUUUACAACAUGAAGACAUGGAAAGAUGCGAUUUUAAAGUACUGUUUAGUUCAGCAGAAAACGUGUUAACAACGAAAUUUCAAGACCACCUUCUCCAUCGUCAAUCAGAGCUUCAUAAGCGAGUCUGUUGCAUUGUGGUGGAUGAAGCACGCACAGUAGAAACUUGGACUGGAAAAAGGUGAGCAUAAAUAUAAUUCCAACGGCAACACUGUGUGACAACGUCGUAUAUUUGAGUGAAUCAGUGAAUGAAGCGAUUUAAUAUACAAUCUAAGAAUUUAUACUCAUGCAUUCUCAUACUUCAUUUUUAAGGAAGAAACGUAUGAAUUCAAGAAGAAAACCAGACGAUAUAUUUAGAUGUGCGUUUGGAAAGUUGGCUACCUUUCGUUCUUUCUGCAGAGAAG